GAGAUUUCAGGUGCAAUUAAAAUUAAAUUCCUUGUCCUUUGGGCUCUGAGCUGAAGGCCAAAGUAAAGUAGGAGGAUUUGAUCAUGAUCCUACAUAGAAGAGGUCACAAUGCAUUCUCUGUGAUGAGGUCCCUAAUAUUGCUGGGCUGGCAGGGAAGACCCCCUUGAGCAUCAAUAUCCUCAGGGAGGCCACAAGACAUAGAAAUGUCAUGUCUCCCUUUCAUCCUCUCAUUCAUGCUCUGGUAGCUCUCUUUAGAGAUUAGCAGGUGGGUAGGGAAGCCAGAAUCAAGUGUUGGGUGGUGUGAUAUGGAAGAUUUGGCAAUGGGAUGAAACUAUCAGCAUGAGUGACACCAGGGAUGUCUUUGGCCCCAGGCCCUCCUCUUUUCCUGUGCCAGGUAUCAGAGCCAAUCUGCUGUCUGCUAGGGACUUCCAUUGGAACCAGAGAUGAAGGUUCGAUACUGGACUCUGUGUCUGACAGCUCUCUUUAUGCUUUCAUUGUGGAUGAUGGCUUCUUUCCUGAACCAGAAGGUCAGCCUGGAUGUUAUGGACAACUUACGUUUAAGGAUCUGCCGCUGUUCCAGAAAUAUUUCCAGAAAGUGUAGCUGCUUAUCUAAAGUCCGUGAGUGCUCUGCCUGCCUCUACAUACCAGGAGAGUCUGACUGGUUUGACAGACACUUUGAAAAGGGAAUAGAGCCCCUGAUGUCAGAAAAUUCCAUGUCCUAUGAUGCUCUGGGAUUGUGGCUGGGACUUCAGAGAGUCAGGUCACAGAAGAAUGUUAAGAGUAUGCAGUUAACUAAUGUUUUUCCCGCACAUUCCUUGGACCAUUUGAAGUCUGGAUGCCAGACCUGUGCAGUGGUAGGAAACUCAAGGUCCUUACUAGGUUCUGGUCUUGGCUUCAGGAUUAACCAACAUGAUGUGGUACUCAGGAUGAACAAAGCCCCUGUCCAAGGCUUUGAGACGGAUGUGGGGAAUACCACCACCUUACGUAUUAUGCAGCCUGAAAUUGCCAGCACUGAGAGCCCCGAGCCCCAGCUGCUGCUUCCAUUGAAUUCAUCUGGUCUGAGAUGGAUGAUGACUGUACUACGUGACUAUAAACUCUCCUGGAAGCCAAGAAACCCUGGAUUUCGGAUAGUCCAUUUCACUGAUGUAACCAAAGACAAGGUUCUGAUUAUCAGCAUCUCCUUCCUUAAGUAUAUCCAGGAAAAUUGGCUGGAAAACUAUGGUCAGUAUCCAUCGUUGGGGUUUGUGGCUCUGAUGUAUGCCUUGCAUACCUGUGACCAGGUAAGACAUCUUCUGGAACUCAAGACCUUCAUUCCUCUGUUUAACCUUAAGUUUUCUGCCUGGCUUUCAAGAAAGACCAUGCAUGAUCUGACCUAUGGCUUCCUCUGUCCCAAACUCCAACAGUGGGCUUUUUGGGGUCCCCUAAUGACACCACCUGCAUUAUGCCUUCUCACAUGCCUGGAAUGUUCUUCUGUAUCUGGAGGGAAUCCUCUUUCCUCAACAUGUUGGGAAAAAGCUAGCUGAUACUUACUCUUUUCUGGGCUCCAGGGUUACUCUGAGUAUUCAGAGUUUAUCCUCCUGGAUGAGUGAACUCCUUCCUCCUCCCAGCCCCAAGAGGUGGCUGCACACUGGGUGUUGAGUGUGUUUGCUGAAGGAGUGGCAAGUGUGCAUGGGGGCAGGACAGGAUCCAGCUUGUUACCCAUGGGCAUCUCCUUUUUAUCCCAUCUCCCAGGUGUCCUUGUUUGGCUUUGGAGUAGACCAUCACAAUAGAUGGACACACUACUGGGAUGAUAAAUAUCUGAGCUAUGACAUCAUGAGAAAGUUCCCCAAAGAAAACGAUGUCAUCAUUAAGUUGCAGUGUGAGGGGAAGGUUGCUGUCUACAGAUGAGAUGGCUCUACUGAAGCCCCAGGAAGCAGACAGGUAGCCAAAGAGACCUUGGAGGGUCAGAGAGGGACUUAACUUCAAGUGGACACAAUGGAGAUCACCCUGCUACUCAAUAAAACCCUAGUUUAUUUCUCUCACUGAA